AAGUGCAUCAUGACUCACACCAACCUUACCAUCUUCCAUCCUGCAGUUUUUGUUCUACUGGGCAUCCCUGGGUGGGAGGCUUACCACAUUUGGCUAUCAAUACCCCUCUGCCUCAUGUAUAUCACUGCUGUCCUGGGGAACACCAUCCUGAUAGUGGUCAUCAUCACAGAACAUAAUCUUCAUGAGCCCAUGUACUUCUUCCUCUCUAUGCUGGCCAUCACAGACAUCCUGCUGUCUACCACUACUGUACCCAAAGCUCUAGCCAUCUUUUGGCUCCAUGCCCAUGACAUUGCCUUUGAUGCCUGUGUCACCCAAGUUUUCUUUGUCCAUAUGAUGUUUGUGGGGGAGUCAGCCAUCCUAUUAGCCAUGGCCUUUGACCGCUUUGUGGCCAUCUGUGCCCCCUUGCAUUAUACAACAGUGCUAACAUGGCGUGUUGUGGGAAGGAUUGUUCUGGCCAUUAUCACCCGAAGCUUCUGCAUCAUCUUCCCAGUGAUCUUCUUAUUGAAGCGGCUGCCCUUCUGCCAGACCAACAUCGUCCCCCAUUCCUACUGUGAGCAUAUUGGAGUGGCCCGCUUGGCUUGUGCUGACAUCACCAUUAACAUCUGGUAUGGCUUCUCAGUGCCCAUUGUCAUGGUCAUCUUGGACAUGAUCCUCAUUGCUGUGUCUUACUCACUGAUCCUCCGAGCAGUGUUUCGUUUGCCCUCCCAAGAUGCCCGGCACAAGGCCCUCAGCACUUGCGGCUCCCACCUGUGUGUCCUCCUCAUGUUUUAUGUUCCAUCCUUCUUUACAUUAUUGACCCACCGCUUUGGACGUAACAUUCCUCGACAUGUCCAUAUCCUGCUGGCCAAUCUUUAUGUGGUGGUGCCACCAAUGCUCAACCCCAUCAUCUAUGGUGUGAAGACUAAGCAGAUCCGGGAGGGUGUAGCCCACCGGUUCUUUGACAUCAAGACUUGGUGCUGUGCUUCCCCUCUGGGCUAAUGGCUCCCCAUGAAUUUGCACUCCAAGCUUUAUCAAGGAAACUAGGCAUGAAAUACAGAGACUUUCUGGACUGAGAGGGCUUUUACUUCUCUUCCUCUUUCUCUUCCUUCUUCAUUGUCGUCAUCCCCCUCCAACUUUUAUUUUUUCCUCUUCCGGCUUUUCAUCUUUGCCUCCUUCUCCUGUUUCUUUGUUUGCUUUAUCUUCUUCUCUUCUCAUAUCCUUCCUCCAAAACUCAGAGAUAAUAACUAAGUGUUACAUGCCUCUGAUGUGAACAUUUGGUAUCUUCAGUAGACCAGACGUACUCCAGAAACACAGAGAACUGAACACAACAUGAAGUGGGUUAUAAGCACAUGGAUGAAAAUAAUUUUAUAUUUAACAUCUUGAAG